GAUACAAAUUUUUAACGUUAAUGUUUAGGGCUACUAACUGCAGGAAGAAGGCUUGUGGACACACCUCCAACCUGAGGCCCAAGAAGAAGCUGAAGUAAACUCAGGAUGACAUUUGCUGCUGUGAAGACGACUUUCAUCAACAUCUUUAAAUGUCGUCUUGUGCAGUAUUCUGGUCAAUAAAGGAUGUGUUCCUCAAUAAUUUCGUUUUAAACUUUCAGAAAUUAAAUAAUGGCGGAUAAGUUACCAGAUCCCGUGGUGGACCAGCCAAAAAAGGUUGAAGAAGAUGAUACUAAAGAUGACACUAAACCAGGUGCUGCUGGUGAACUUUCUGCUGCAUCUGGUGAAGAUGAUCAUGAUAAAGUUGUUGCAAAGGAAGGGACCUGGUUUGGAGGAUGGGGUACAUAUAUAUCCCAAGCUGUACAACAGCCCCACAUGUUAGAAGCUGGAUUAUCAGCAGCUGUGUCGAAAGUGUCCCAGGCGACAUCUGGGGCUACCAAGAUGGUGAAGAGUAAAUCCAUGGAGGUGGUUCAAGCUGUUUCUGGAGAUCUCAACGAGGUGCGCGAGAGUGUGAAAAAUGCUGCAACUCCAAUUCUACCCUAUGUAGGAGGGGCUUCCAGUAAAAUUGCAGGGGCCACAGGGGCUCUAAGGAAUACUAUAAAGGAGCUUGACGAGGUUACAGAUGAGAUGACUGAGGCUGCUCUGGAUGGAGUAACCAAAUCUGUUUCUUCUUUCUGGAACAUGGCAUCAGGAUAUGCAAACCAGAUGUUGAGUGAAGACGAUCUACCUGCAGAUUCUCUACUAGUUGGAGCAAACUCUGAACCAAUUAUACUUGACCGACUACAAGCUCAGCUUCACGCACUAGCAAUUGACCUCGCCACAUAUUCACAGGAUCCUGAUCCCAAGGAUGGACUAAGUGAAGAUUGGACUUCUUGGCUAGCAGGACUAGACUUAGACAAAAGACAAGGCGAAAUAUCCGAAUUGAUGAUUAACAACUCUGCAGUACGGAAAAUGUAUAGCAACUUAGUUCCUGGCGAAGUCUCGCAUAAACAUUUUUGGGCAAGAUAUUUUUAUAAGGUUCACCUGAUAGAGAAGCAGGAGAUGAAGAGGCAGGUCUUGAAACAGAGGGCGGAGAGGACAGCUAAGGCGGAGGAUGAGGCGGAUAUUAACUGGGAUGACGAUGAGGAAGAGGUUUCCAUUCCAGAGGAAGUACAGGACAAACUGUUGGCUGAGUAUGAGAAAGAACUGAAGACGACAAAAUCCCACGCCAAAAAGGACAGCAGUGCUUCGGACGAUUGGGAAAAGUUGUCGGACGAGACUAAACCUUAAAACUUCGUGGAUUUAUGGAUUUUAAUUCCCUGUUUUGCUAGUUAUACUGAGUUGGAAUUCUAGAGAUGAAGUGUUUGAGAUACUAUGGUCCUUAUUGUGUGAUAAAGAAAUAUUAUAUUUUCUCAUGGAUUCUCUAAAUUUCCGGAUUUACUUGUUUUAAGUUUUAAUAUUUAGCAUCCUAUAUUUGCAAUUUUAGAAGAUUUUCGAACCCGCAACUUUUAUUUUAUAAGAAAUCUCCUGUACCGUUUUUGUACAUAACUACAUACAUACAUUGCACUACAAGGGAUGCAAGUUCCAAACCGUGAUUUCGCCUAGACCUGACACGCGAGUGUCAGGUUGGGGCCUAAUGUGCAAACUGCAAAGUUACCUUUUCUUAAAAAAUUUCAAUUUAGGUCGAGAAGAAGAAACCCGUCUGUAUACUUUAAUGCAGAAUAAUUAACGCUAUAUUUUUAUAACUAAGAUUUAUAUAUUCAACCCCUACAAAUGAAUGAUUUUCAUGUUUUUGAAAAUUAUCUUAAUGUUAGAAAAUAUCAUAUUAUUUAAGCUAAUGCGAAGUUUGGUCCCAAAACACGCAUUGGGACACGUCGAGAUUUUGAAAAUAUCACAGAUUUGAUCCAGUGUUAACUUUCAAGAAUUUACUGAAUUUUGGUAACAACAGAGUCUUUCGUACACGGUAUAAUUUGAAUAAUGAACAAAAAAACUUUUUGUCAAUUUGUUCUGUUCGGAUAUUUUAAAAUAUAAAUACUUAUAAAAAUUGAAAAAUUCAAACAUUAAUAUCAUAUUGUCUCACAAUUAUUUUGAAAAGAAAAAUGCGGAAAAUGUUGGUUUUAAAACGAAGGAAAUUUUUAAUCGUCUUUAAUUCUACGUAUAAUGUGGAAACAAAUUUUAGAAUAAGAUACAAAUACUUUCAGUGUAUCAUGCAAUCCUGUAAUUGUGUUAGUUUUGAAUCUUAAAAUUUGUUAAUACUUUGGAUCGUAGAAAUAGAUGGUGUAUGCUCCAUAACGCGUCCAUGAUUCGAAUCCGUGAUUUGUGAGAAAAUGGAAAGCCUUGUUAUGUUCCAAAAUUAGUGGGGGGGAGGGGGG